AUGAGCACCGGAUCAGUCGCCCACUCUUUGCGUACGGCUUUCCGCUCGCACCAAAGCUGGACUGGCCCCGUGGCUUCGACAUCUCGUCUGAUCAGCUUGUUGAGCCCGUCGGCUGGGGCUGACUCGGUCGCGCCGGCCAAGGCCGCAAGGAUGAACACGACCACAACCGCCGGUGCUCGCCAUUUCGUAGCAUGCACAUGCAGCCCCACACGCUCGGCUGCGAUGCAAACCAGGUCCUACAGCAGUAGGCCUACCCCGCGUGCUGGUAAGAUACAACCCCCAUGUCAUCCCUGGAUCAGCUAG